AUGAGGUUUUCCCGGUUUAGCGGUUUGGCUGUUAUCUAUCUAUCUAUCUAUCUAUCUAUCUAUCUAUCUAUCUAUCUAUCUAUCUAUCUAUCUAUCUAUCUAUUUCAUAUCUAUUCCAGUUUAUUCAGAUCUAUCUAUCUAUCUAUCUAUCUAUCUAUCUAUCUAUCUAUCUAUCUAUCUAUCUAUUUCAUAUCUAUUCCAGUUUAUUCAGAUCUAUCUAUCUAUCUAUCUAUCUAUCUAUCUAUCUAUCUAUUUCAUAUCUAUUCCAGUUUAUUCAGAUCUAUCUAUCUAUCUAUCUAUCUAUCUAUCUAUCUAUCUAUCUAUCUAUUUCAUAUCUAUUCCAGUUUAUUCAGAUUCAUCUAUCUAUCUAUCUAUCUAUCUAUCUAUCUAUCGAUUUCCAUAUUCAUUCCAGUUUAUUCAGAUAUCUAUCUAUUCAUCUAUCUAUUCAUCUAUCUAUCAUUCUAUCUAUCAUCUAUCUAUCGAUUUCAUAUCUAUUCCAGUUUAUUCAGAUCUAUCUAUCUAUCUAUCUAUCUAUCUAUCUAUCUAUCUAUCUAUCUAUCUAUUUCAUAUCUAUUCCAGUUUAUUCAGAUCUAUCUAUCUCUCUAUCUAUCUAUUUCAUAUCUAUUCCAGUUUAUUCAGAUCUAUCUAUCUAUCUAUCUAUCUAUCUAUCUAUCUAUCUAUCUAUCUAUCUAUCUAUCUAUCUAUCUUUAUGUAUCUAUUCUAGUUUAUUCAGAUCUAUCUAUCUAUCUAUCUAUCUAUCUAUCUAUCUAUCUAUCUAUCUAUCUUUAUGUAUGUAUCUAUUCUAGUUUAUUCAGAUCUAUCUAUCUAUCUAUCUAUCUAUCUAUCUAUCUAUCUAUCUCUAUCUAUUUUACUUCAAGCGAGGUUUUACAUUUGUUAACAAAAAAGAUAUUGGAUUAUAAUACGUAUUUAACUUUUACAUCAGAAAUUGUAGUCGAUUGUGAUGAUGUUUCGAUGUUUAUUGCCAGUUUUAUCCGAACAAUCUAA